CUACUUUCACUAUCAAGCAAAGAUUCCCCCAAAUGGCCUCUCCCCACCACGGCCACUGCCAACACCAAAUCAGCCGCCCCACCACCGCCACCGCCACCAACCCCUCUUGUUGCUACUACUGUUGCACCACUCUCCACCACCCCCCACCACCAGACCCACUUCUCCAGUCCCUAUCCUCUCACCUCCACCAUUCUUCUCCUCAAUCCCACCUCUACUCUCCCUACAUCAAUCCACCCUAUAACCCCCACCAACACUAUCAACCCAACUAUUACCCACCUCAACCCCACCAACGCAACCAGCAAAACUUUGAGUACCACCACAAACAACAACAUGAACAAGAACCGGAACAAACACACCCACACCCCAUUGUCUCCUCUCUCCUCCGCCGCGUCUCAGCCCUCGAAACCUCAGUCCGCCACCAUUCGGUUGCUGCUUCUUGCUCCCUCCGUGAUGCCGCUGCCCGUACCAUUCAAACCCACUUCAGGGCCUUCCUCGUUCGUAGAUCACGGACACUCCGUCAGCUCAAAGGCCUCGCUUUCAUCAAGGCAACACUCAAUAUUCUCAAAUCAUCAGUUUCUGACAAUACCCACUUUGAUUUUCAAGCUCUCUCUCGCAAAGCCAUGGACUUGCUUCUCAAACUCGACUCUUUUCAGGGUAGUGAUCCAAUGAUUAGAAAUGGUAAAAAAAAGAUUAGGAGAGAGUUGAUUCGUUUUGUGGAGCUUAUUGAUGGGGUUUCUGUGAAAAGAAAUGAACUUUCCAGCAGAUUAGUGAAGGAUGCCAGAUGGCUCGGGAGUGAUAACAAAUCUAGGGUUUUGUACGGCGAUUACAGGGGGGGCGCUGUUGAUUGUAAGGAUUUGGGAAGGGAUAAGAGAGUAUUGCUCGAAAAAAUUAGGGGCCAAGUAGAAAAGAUUCAUGGGUUUUCUAGGGUUUCUGAGGAGGAGGAUGAGAAAGAUAUGGAACUUGAAAAUCCUAGUAUUUUCAGACAUAGAAAUUGUGGGGUUCUCCAACAUAGCAGAGGCGGUUUAGUGAACAGGCAUGAUGGGGUGGAAGCCAAGGUGAAGAAAAGUGUGAGCUUUGCAGAGAAUGGCAAUGUCUAUAAGGUUUAUAGGAGCAGCAAUGAGCCAGAUUCACUUGAGGACUGUAAUAGCAGUGAUGGGAGUGAUUCGAUUGAUGCUGAGAGAGAGCUUGUGAACAAUCUGGGGAGAGAAAUUGAAGAACUUAGGGUUUCUUCCAAGGAGACUGAGGAUGAUGAGGAAACUCACACGGAAGAUCGAGAGUCCUCCCAAAUAAGCGAUGGUGAAAGAGACCCUGAAAAGGAUCUGAAAACUGGAGGGAAGUAUGAACCUAGGUCGUAUCGGGAUGAAGAUGGAGGUUUCGUAUUCUCUGCUCCAUUGCCAGUGAAAAUGGAAACUAGAGCUGGUCUAGUGAACAAGAGGAAGACUAUAACAAUAAUAAAAUAAGGGGCAAGAACUUGAGUAAGGUCUCUGCAAAGUAUGUUUGGAUUGAUCAAACACAUACUUGAUCAAAGAGCUACCAAGUUCCAUUAAUUGUUCUGUUUGUUAGUUUGGAUUGAUCAAAGAGCUACCAAGGGAGAGAUUGAUGAGAGAUUUGCUUCAUGCAAAGUAUGUUUUAACCUUUCCUUUACUUGAGUGUGAGGUACUGUAGUGACUCUUGACUGUAUUUUGCUCCCUUCUGACUGAUGACUCCUCAUGGUGUUCAUUUUCUGGUGCAUUUCUGCCAACAGUAACUGUCCAUCCUGCAUAUCAUUGAGCUUUGUAACAUGACAAGUAUAAAAUUGAUCGAUUAAAUUGGAUUGAUCAUCAAUUAUCUGUGGUGAAAUAUGCAC